AUGACCGUAUUUUUGGGUGUCUAUAAGGCGCUAUAUGACUACGAGCCGCAAACUACAGAGGAACUGGCUAUUCGGGAGGAUGAGCUUCUGUAUUUGCUGGAGAAGUCCGAUGUUGACGAGUGGUGGACCGUGAAGAAAAGGGUUAUUGGAUCAGACGCCGACGAACCAGUCGGACUAGUACCUUCGAAUUACGUUGAACAGGCUCCUGUGAUCAAUUCCGUUCGUGCACUCUACGAUUACGAUCAGGCCCAAAAUCCUGAUGAAGAGUUGACUUUCCAUGAAAAUGAAGAGUUUGAUGUGUACGAUGAUCAGGACCCCGAUUGGCUGCUGGUGCAGCAGAAGUCCACUGGUGCUUGUGGGUUUGUACCGGGAAACUACGUUGAACCGUGCGGGCAGGGUGUGCCGCCACAAGCGCCUGUGGCCGAUGCAACUCCAAUAGCAGCUCCAGUGGCAGCUCCAGUGGCAGCUCCAGUAACAGCUCCAGUGACAGUUCCAGUGAUGCAGCCACCACCUCAGCACCCUAGUAAGUCGCAGACUCCAGAAGCUCCACCGAUGCCCGACAAACACUCAGAACCAAUUGGAGUAUUGCGUGAAGAAGAAGAUAUCCCACCACCGAAACCAGUGAGACCAGUAGGAACCAAUUUGGAUUCCAAUAGAGACAGAACUCGUAGUAGGCUAUCAUAUGCCGAGGCUGACUACGAUGAAGACAGUGCGGAGGAAACCGGAUAUGAUAGAGACCAAACUGAUAAAAGCGAGCGCGGUUUGCAAUUGGAAUAUCGUACGUGGAAUAUCGCCGAAGUCGAUGGUCGUAAGAAACGUAAGUGUAAAUUGUCGAUUGGGAACAAUAGGAUCUAUUUCCAGCCUCAGAAGGGUUCGCCCCAGGACUGGACUAUCGACAAGUUGACGUCCUACGACAAUGAGAAGAAGCAUAUGUUUUUGGAGUUUAUUGAUCCUUACAAGAGCCUCGAGCUACACACUGGUAAUAAUGAUACUUGCAAGGAGAUCAUGUCGGUAAUCGGUGAGUACAAAGGCGCUUCUCGUGACGCUGGCCUGCGGGAAGUUGAAAUGGCGUCAAAGGCAAGGAAAGAGGGUAAAGUUCUCUAUGAUUUCAUCGCAGAGUCUCAGGACGAAUUGAGUGUGAAGCAGGGCCAGACUGUAUAUAUCUUGAACGAUAAGAAAUCAAGGGAUUGGUGGAUGUGUGAGCUAGUUUCCUCUGGGCAAAAAGGUGUGGUGCCAGCACAAUUUAUCGAACCUUCGAAAGAGAAAGAUAGUGGUUCAGGCGGUCUCUUAAACUCAAUAAAGAAAUUCACCAAGGCUAAGUCUCCAUCAAAGCCUAGUGAAGGGAGUAGUUGGAAAGACGAUGAAGAUCAGGAUAUAGCAGGUUCUGAACGCAAGAAUAGAUCGAGGAGCAAGUCUGCCUCAUCAAGAAAGAAAAGAUCUGCGUCGGCAAGCAACAAGACAGAAUUCCCUGAUCCAAAGAAGACACGUAUAUGGGCAGACAGAUCCGGUACUUUCAAAGUGGACGCUCAAUUCAUCGGUUGCUCCGACGGCAAGGUUCAUUUGCACAAGGCUAACGGUGUCAGGAUCGCUGUUGCUGCCGAAAAACUGUCGGAUGAUGAUCUAACCUAUGUCGAACGAGUAACCGGAUUCAGCUUGGACAAGUUCAGGGGCAAGAAACCGGAAAGCAAAGACGCCAGGGAAAGCGAACGUGAGAGAAGGAAGAAACUAAGAGACCAGGACGAAAGAGAACGUGACCGUAGACUAAGAGAGAGAGAGCUAGAAGAACUGAGAAAGGCAAGAGAUCUGCUCGAUGAAGAAAGAGCUAAACUUCAAGAGAAGGAGCUUCCACCACCUGCUAAGCCCCCGAGACCACAAUCAACGGCUUCCCCCUCGGCUCCUGCUAACACGAUCAGAAGCACUUCGGCUGCUCCAUUAACACAAGUGAAAAACGAUUAUGACUGGUUUGAGUUCUUUCUCAACAGUGGUGUUGACGUCAGUAACUGUCAACGUUAUACCAUCAAUUUCGAGCGAGAAAAUAUUACUGAAGAUAUGAUGAAGGACAUUAAUCAGUCCAUGCUCAGAACUUUGGGACUACGUGAGGGUGAUAUUGUUCGGGUCACAAACUACUUGGAUCAAAUAUUGGGCAGAGAACCUCAGGCACAGCAGCAAGUUCCAACUGCUACUGGUGGUAUGUUCUCAAAUCCCGACGGCUCCUUGAGGGUUUCGCCAAUGAAAACUGGUCCUGCUACGGGACCUACUGUUGCUGAGCAACUACUUGCGGAAAAGAACGCUUCACAUAUGGCUGCCGCCAACACAGAUGAUGAUGCUUGGACAGUCAAACCAGCCGCCAAAUCUGGAGUCGAACCCUCAUCUGAAAGAUCCGAAUUUACAGGAUCAAUGCAAGAUCUUCUUGAUUUACAGCCUUUGGAGCCUAAAAAGAAGCCGAUCACGGCGGCCCCAGAGCCUAAUUUGAGAGAUUUGGAGCCUGUCAAAACUGGUAACAGUGCGAAGUCCUCAGCAGCGGCUCCUAUAAGCGCAGUGCCAACUGGUGGAACCACCUUGAUGCCUUUGGAUCCAUUUAAAACGGGAGGACACAAUUUACUUCCUAUGGCAACAGGAUUCGUUAUGAUGCCAAUCGCUACUGGUGGUUUAAUGCCAAUGCAAAGAACUGGCGGUUUCACCAUGCCUCAAACAACUUUUGGCGUCCAAAGUACCGGUAAUAUUCUUCAGCCUCAGAGGACCAGUGGUGGCCUGAUCCCAAUUGCAAACACGGGAGGUAUAAUGCCACAGACAUCAUUCGGUAUGCAAGCGACUGGCGGUAUGCUACAACAGAGAACUGGUGGGUUCAUUCCAGCGUCAACGACAGGUGGAAUGAUGAAUGCUCCACCUUUGGGUUCAGUGCUACCUCUGCAGAAAACUGCAACUGGCCUGUUACCUGCCAAUCCAACAGGAGGUACUAUGCCGUUACAAACAACCGGAGGAUUCAUUCCUCUACAAAGAACAGGUGGUGCUAUUCCUCAGACCUCUUUUGCAAUGCCAAACCAAACCAUGAGCACCGGAGGUUUUGCGCCUACUACUGGCUUCAACAACAAUCCAAUGACUAGUAACAACAUGAUGCUACAAUCUAGUCUAACAGGAAAUAGAACUGGCGGAAUGAAUAUGCUUCCUCAGACGACUUUCGGUAAUCAAAUGACAGGGGGAGCCAACCUAAUACCGCAAGCCAGCUUUCCAAAUGUGACUGGCGGUGCAAAUAUCAUGCCUCAAGCUAGUUUUGCGAACACGACAGGCGGUGCAAACAUGAUGCCUGCAAACACUUUUGGAAAUAACUCAACAGGGUUUGGAAAUGGCUUGCCUCAAACAUCUUUCGGCAAUCAGACCAUGGGCGGCUUACCACAGACCUCAUUCAAUGGUCCACAACAAAUUACAGGAGGCUUUAUGACAGGCGGUAUGCCCCAGAUACAGGGCCAACCACAAAUGACAGGUGGAUUCCAACAAAACCCCCAGUUCAUGCAGAAUACUGGGGGACCGCAGAAUCAAUACACCGGGCAGCCUAUGAACCAAGUUCCAAACACAUUUAACACGGGAGUCAACAAUUUGGCACAGGGUCUACAAAAUACCUCUAUCUCUCAGCCACCACUUCAAACACAGCCAACGGGCUUUGGCUUUGGAAACGGCCCUCAACAGUUGCAGCCUCAGCAGCAACCUCAGCAACAAUCUCGGCAAGCGAACCUAUUCAAUGCGACAGCGGACAAUCCAUUUGGAUUUUGA